UUUCUGUUGAAGGACAGUUGGAAUUCCGGGCCCUCCUUUUUGUCCCAAGACGUGCUCCUUUUGAUCUGUUUGAAAACAGAAAGAAAAAGAACAACAUCAAGUUGUAUGUGCGUAGAGUUUUCAUCAUGGAUAACUGUGAAGAGUUAAUUCCUGAGUAUCUGAAUUUCAUUAGAGGAGUGGUGGAUUCUGAGGAUCUUCCUCUAAAUAUCUCCCGUGAAAUGUUGCAGCAAAGCAAAAUUUUGAAAGUUAUCAGAAAGAAUUUGGUCAAGAAAUGCUUAGAACUAUUCACUGAGCUGGCAGAAGAUAAAGAGAACUACAAAAAGUUUUAUGAGCAGUUCUCAAAAAAUAUAAAGCUUGGAAUUCAUGAAGACUCUCAAAAUCGGAAGAAGCUUUCAGAGCUGUUGCGGUACUACACAUCUGCCUCUGGAGAUGAGAUGGUUUCUCUCAAAGAUUAUUGCACCCGAAUGAAGGAAAACCAGAAGCACAUCUACUUUAUUACAGGUGAUGGUCAAGUAAAUAUCUGCUCUCUACCUGUGUGAUAACUCAGGAUAGCA